UCCCUGACAACCCUCACUCCUCACUCCCAGCCACAGCGGCCGCAGCGUGCCCCGAGCGUCCCCCCGGCGCGCCCCAGCCCAGGCAUCCACAGCCGCCCCGGUCCACCCCUGCCCUGCCUCCCCCUCCCCUGAUCCCAGCAGGCCAUGGCUGCCGGUGGAAGCGGCUCCCUCGAGGCGCAGUUCGAGGCGUUCAGCAAGUUCGGUGACUCGAGGAGCGACGGCAAGACCAUCACGCUGACGCAGAGCGACAAGUGGAUGAAGCAGGCCAAGCUCAUCGACGGCAAGAAGAUCACCACCACUGACACUGGCAUCCAGUUCAACAAGUUCAAGUCCAAGAACAUCGACUACAAGACCUUUGUCAAGUACUUGGAAGAGCUGGCCUCUGUCAAGAAGAUGGACGCGAACGACCUCAAAACCAGGCUGGUUGACUGCGGCCUGCCUGGGACGUCGGGGGCCACGAAGGCGGUCAAGACUGGCGGGGUGGACCGGCUGACGGACACCUCCAAGUACACGGGGUCGCACAAGGAGCGCUUCGACGCGAGCGGCAAGGGCAAAGGCCUGGAGGGGCGCGCCGACAUCGCCGACAACUCGGGGUACGUGCAGGGCUACAAGGAAAAGGACACCUACGAAAAGAAGAAGUGAAAAAAAAGGAAAGAAAAAAAGGUGAU